ACCUAACCUGCGAUACUUGCUUGACAGACAUCCUCAAUUAGCCAGACAGAGCGUGCGUUGCCUGGGAGUGUGGGAGCGGUGGGAGGAGUUUCGACGGUUACAGAACAGCAGAGCAGAGGCACUGAUACGAGAGGAUUGGGGGAGUUACAUUGUAGGCUGUUGGAAGAGAUCAUAGAAGUCGAGUAAAGUGAAAGAUAAUGAUGAUUAGUAGCAACAGAAUUAGCAAUAAGGAUGAUGAAGCUGAUGAUGAGAAACAGAGGGAGUGGUCGGAUCUGUGCGAGGACCUCUUGUCUUCCAUACUCUCACGUUUAGCCAUCGGAGACUAUCUUACUUUCAAGUCAGUAUGUAAAUCAUGGGAAGCAGUAACUCUGCCUCCUCUUUCAUCAUCAAUGUCAUUACUUGAUCACUGCCCGCAUGAUAAGGACUCAUACCAUGACCCGUAUCUCCUGUACUUCACCAGCAAAACCGGCUUCUUCAACUUCCACGAUCCAACACGUAAUGCCACUUAUUCACUUAGCAUUCCUCCCUUGUUGGAUGAUGAAAUUGGUGAAGUUGAACUUUUUUACGCAAGUCGUGGCUGGUUGCUUCUUGGUAAAGGUAGGCAGUCGUAUUUUUUCUAUAACCCAUCAACCAAGGUUAAAAUAGACCUCCCUGACACGUUAGAACCGUUGGAGUGGGCAUGUUUUUCUGGAUCACCAACAUCUGCCUGGUGUGUAUAUGGCAUUUAUAGCUGCCAUACAUCUAUCACUUUAAUUGCAACGUUAAAAUUGGGUGAGACACGUUGGUCAAUGUGUUUCCCUCAGAAUGUAGGAAACAAUUUUUUUGGUUCCAAUUGCUCCCCUGUUGUGCGCAAUGGAUUCAUAUAUGUUCUAGGGGAAUCUGGAAAUCUAGGAAAGUUUUGUCUUACCUCCAAGGGGUUGGAGGAACUGUGUGACUGGAAGAUCAUUGGCAAGCAUAAUAAAAACCAGUUUUUAAAAUUUCAAGAUCGGUUUCUCUUGGAGAGUGACGGCAAUUUAAUAUGUGUUGCAACUCUUGAGGGCGGGGAAGUUCGGGUGUUGAGGUUCGAUGAUUAUAAUAACAUUUGGCGGAAGAUAGAGAAUCUGAAUGGGAAAUCAUUUUACGUUUCUCACAGAACAUCCAUAUCACGGAAAACAACCGUUAGCGGGACAGGAAACAAGAUCUUCUUUCCAAGGUUCUACGACGGUAAAGGGUUGUUUUAUUGCCUUGCAUCCAAGAAGUGGCACAACUUUCCCAAGACUUUUUCAAGUGAGAAUUAUUACAACACAAGAGGAAUUGUUCACUGUGUUUGGACUGAACUUCCUCAUCUUUCUAGGUGUAAUGCAUAAUCUGCAUUUAGUUUUUAUUCAUUGAAUUAUUUUGUUCUUUUUAUGUCGUAUUCUUUUAAUUCAAUUAACAUUUGUUCAUGUAAAUUAAUUUUUUCUUUGAAAGGAUAGUCAAAUUAUUACUACACACCCGUAUGGCCGUAUCUAUUUGGUGUUUCCCUGGAUUCCAAACUGUGAGCAGUUUGAUUUCUAAUGAUUUCCAUUUUAAGUUUUUCA